AUGUUGUCGUUUUGCCCACUUUGUAACAAUAUGUUACUUAUAGCAAGUGCCGAUAGUGGUGUUUACUCCCUAUCGUGCCGAUCAUGUCCCUAUGAAUUUCCGAUCGAAGGUAUCGAGAUUUAUGAUCGAAAGAAACUGCCCCGGAAGGAAGUCGAUGAUGUGCUUGGAGGAGGCUGGGAUAACGUUGAUCAAACAAAAGUACAAUGUCCCAAUUACGAUAUCUGUGCUGGUGAAAGUGCGUAUUUUUUCCAAUUACAAAUUAGAUCUGCGGAUGAACCGAUGACUACUUUCUACAAAUGUGUCAACUGUGGUAACAGAUGGAAGGAGAAUUGA